AUGUAGUGGGGGGUGUGGAUUGAUGAUGGAUGGGAUCCAGGCGCGACGAGGGGUUGUCAAGGUCAAAUGAUGGCACUAUUCAAAACAUUGCAACCCUCCAGGCCAGUCAUUUUCUUUGGAGCGCUGGCCCAGCCUGUCUGCUGGAUAUCUGACGGUGGUGUCAGAUGAAGCCAAAGCGAGCAUGUAGUGAGGAUGUUUGAUGUCCGUCCAAUUCGGGUGGAAUUCCGUGGGUUGGGCGGAUCUCCGAUUCCGCUCCGGUCGAUGGUUCUGAUCGAUCCUCCACUUUUGGACUGCUGGUUUAUAACUAUCGGUCUGCUGCCAUGUUUGCAAGUUGGAUUUUGAUGUUAUUCUGCAUCUAUCUGAUUCAAUUGACUGUGGUGUGACUUUAAAGCCCGACAGCUAAAGCGCUCUCAAUGUGGGAUAUAGUCGAUUUGCAACACCAUGCUGAGAACAUCGUGAGCUCUGUUCCAGCACUGACUCUCGUCUGCUUUUUACCAGUCUUGGUCAUUCUCCUUCAAUACUCUCAGUCUCAUCCCAAUCGCCCAAAAGGAUGUCGAAUACUAGGUCUCCCUUCCCACAAAACCAAUCUCCAUGAUGAAUACGAUCCCAAAUACACCAACGGAGUACCAAAUGACCACAUUGACGAACAAGGCCUGCCCUCCUGGCGCAUCAAGGCCCUCUUCACCUAUCCUAUCAAAAGCUGCGCCGGCGUCGAGUUAGACGUCGCUGAUGUCGUCCCAACUGGACUUGCGUAUGACCGACAAUUCUGCUUCGCCGAGUACAUCACCCCAAACAAUCCGAAUAGCGAUAUCAAACCACACUGGAACGCUCGUACCCUUCGUGAUGGCCACUUUAGUAAAAUGAUUCUCAUCCGAUCUGACAUCUGGGUUCCUGAUCCUACGGCAGCCGAUUACAACUCUGACCUGGACGAAGUCAAAUCUCAAGGCGUGAUGGUUAUAUCCUAUCCACGAGUCUCCGGCGAUGGGCUGAAAGGGUAUUUCAUGAAACUGGGCAUGAGACUCCGUCUGAUAUCGCGAGAAUACUCUUUUCAAGUCCCGCUGUACCCGCCCCCAGACCAGAUGUCAGCCUACCCCUCCCUCCCCGUGAAGAUUUGGAAAGACUUCCCCGUCUCCCACGACUACGGGAAACACAUCCCACAAUCCCUCCGAGAUUACCUAGCCUCUCCAUCUGACCCCAAGCAACUCACCCUCUUCCGGGUAAACCCAGCCCACCACCGCCAAAUCUUCCGCUGCGCGCCCCGAAAGGAAGAAAUGGGCUUCCAGACCGUCACAGGCUUCGCGGACGCAUAUCCUCUACAUCUUCUCAAUCUCGCCAGCGUACGGGACGUCGCGGCGCGGUGCGCACAGGACAUCCCUUACAUGACCAUCCGCCGUUUCAGGGCGAAUAUCAUCAUGCAAGGGCCCGAGGCUUUUGCGGAGGACCAUUGGAAACGGGUGCUGGUGCGACCAUCAUCAUCGGGUGGGGAAAACGACAGCAGUGGAAUCUGCACGGAUGGGGUCGAAAUCCACACCGUCUGUCGUACCGUCCGCUGUCGGUUACCCAAUGUCGACCCGGAUACAGGAAUUCGACAUCGUUCGGAACCCGACAGGACGAUGAAGGCAUAUCGGAAGAUUGAUCAAGGGGAUUUGACUAAUGCGUGUUUGGGGAUGCAGCUUGUUCCGGCUGUUCAGGAAUUUACGAUACGUGUUAAUGAUCCUAUUUCUGUCUUGGAGACGGGUGAGCAUUUUUAUAUCAAGAUGCUUGCGCCGGGGGAGAAGGUCGAAGGUGUUUGAAGUGGGUACAUACUGUUUGGAUUGUGUAUAAUCAUAUUACUGGGUGCAUAUAAUGUGCAGGUGAACAUAAUACAGCUAGCAUUAAUCGCAUCUGAAGAUUUUAGACCAAAG